AUGACAGGAAGAAUGGCCUUCUCUGCUGGACUCUAUGCCCUGAUUGUUGUUGUACUUGUCCAUCAAACUCGCAGUGCUGAGGAUGGUCAUCUCUGUUCUCCUUCUUCCUGCGGCGAUAUCCAAAACAUAAGCAAUCCGUUUCGAUUACAAGACGAUCCAGAAAACUGCGGCGACCGAAAUUAUACCCUGUCAUGUGAGAACAACAAUACUGUGUUGUACUUAUAUGCUGGAAAAUACUAUGUGCGGCAAAUCAAUUACGAUAACUACACAAUCCGGGUGGUAGACUCUGGUAUUGAUCAAGUAUCCAUACCUCGCUAUUUUCUAAACGGCAAUAAUUUCAGUUUUGGGGAUUCAUAUGUCCGGUAUCGACGACGACGACAACGACAUGGGAGAUAUUAUAGGGAACUAAUAUCAAGGAGUACUGUGGUUUUCGUGAUGUGUGAAAAUCGGGUGAAUUCGCCGUUGUAUUUGGAGACUUCUACUUGCUUUAGUAGUAAUGGAUCAGACUCAGAGUAUUCUUCCAACUCUUCCAAGACGUAUAGAUAUGUCAAAGUCGGCAGAACGAAUCCAUUGGAUGUGGAGGACUCGUGCCAAAUAGAAGGAAUGUCUCUGACAUCGUGGCCAGGAAAUGAUGACCGACAUGUUUCCUGUUCAGACGUCCACAACGCACUGGUAUAUGGUUUUGAGCUUUCAUGGCUCCAAGUUAUGUGUGAAUUAAGAAGCUGCGGAUCAACAGACUCUUGCUACUUGGAUGAGGCGAAUCAUGUUCAAUGUGAUCGACAGUGGGGAAUGUUGCUCCUCAAUGGUGAGGUUUCUCUCUCAAAAAUUUGUUUGAAUGAUAAUAUAGAUUUGUAUAAUGGAAAAGAAUUGAAUGAGUGUUGGGAUGAUGACACAAAGUUGAUUUUUUUCGGGGACUAA